AUGGAUCAGCCAGAGCUGGCACCUCAUGUUCUCAUCUUCCCCUUCCCGGCACAAGGCCACGUAAACUCCAUGCUCAAGCUGGCUGAGCUUCUCUGUCUCUCUGGCAUCCAUGUCACUUACCUUGUCUCUGCGUCUAUCCAUUGCCGCCUCCUAACUCACACCAAUGUCCAAUCCCGCUUCAAUCACUAUCCCGGGUUCUGUUUUCAAACCCUUCCUUACGGACUUUACGAAGGAACUGUACAUACCCAUGAUGGUGUGUUCAAGUUGUAUGAAUCUUUGAAAGCUAUAGCGAAGUCAUUUCUCAGAGAGUUGAUGGUUUCGGGUCGUCCGAUUACCAACGCCCGACGGCCGGUGACUUGCGUUAUAGCGGACGGUGUUCUUAGUCUAGCAAUUGAAGUUGGUGAAGAAAUUGGUAUUCCGGUCAUAUUUUUCCGUACAAUCAGUGCUUGUGCCUUUUGGGCUUAUUUUUGCAUCCCGGAACUAAUUGAAGCCGGAGAGCUUCCCUUCAACGGCGACGGUGACUCAGGUGACGGAUCUCUCUCCGGCGUCCGAUCCUUCUCAUCUCCACUGGAUUUCUCUCAUGUUGUCUCUCUGCUUUCCUGUGAGCCUCCUCCGGUCCUCCUUUCUUCUUGCUUCGAUCAUCUUUCUAGAUCUCAUCUCUAUCUCCUUCCAUAA